CUCUUCCAGGGGGCCCAGGCCUUCAUGGACCGCAUGUGGGGCAACGGCUGCGCCCUUGUGCACCUGCCUGAGCCCCCCAAGCCCGGCCCUGCUGCCAGGGGGCAGAUGGUGAUCGGACCCGAUGGCCGCCUGCUCCGGAGCCAGAUAGAGGUUGACCCAUCCAGGGUGGCCCCAGUGGCCUGCUCGUCGUGUCUACGUGCAGUGGACGGCAAGGCGGCAUGUGGCCAGUGCGAGCGGGCCCUGUGUGAGCAGUGUGUGCGAACCUGCUGGGGCUGCAGUGCUGUGGCCUGCGGCCUGUGUGGCCUCUUGGAGCUUGGCGAUGCAGACGAGAAGGUGCUGUGUGGCAGCUACACCAUGUUCGAGGCCUGAUGGCAGCGUGGGCGGGCUCUGUGUUUAUACUGUCGUGACACCAGCAAAUGAACUUUCUAUUUCU